UUUUCUUCUUUUUUUAAAGUCUCUCCGUGAUGCCUUUAAUUGGUUAUAUUUCUCAGUCUCUACAUUAAAUUGUUAUGGAAAUGAAGUUUUUUCUUCAAAUGGAAAUAUUUUAGAUCAUCGUGUAAAAGGAGUUAGUGGACGUGCACACACAAUAGAAUCUUUGGAUGUUUUUUGGCAAGCAACAACAACAAAUAUGAGAAAAAUACUUGAACAAUUAGCAAUUCAUGCACCAAUGUAUUCCGAACGUUUUAAAUGGGAUUCUCUAAAUAUUCCGAAAUUUUAGAGGAAUUUGCUACAACAUCAGAAACUGUUCUUCGUCAACAAUUAAUUGAAUUUAGAGACCAUUCAAUUAUUCAAUUUAAUAAAGAUGAACAUAUUCUGUUAACAGUAGACAGGAAUUUGUUAGUUAAUUUUUUGGAACAAAAAAUGAAACAAAAUGAUUAA